AACCUGCGCAUGCGUAUUAGCUUCUGCGCAUGCGCAUCCUGUCCUAUGCGGCGUUUGCAAACUUGUGAAAAAUCGUGUUUGGAUUAUUAUCACAACAGAAAUUUGAUAUUUUCAUGAAUGUUGCGUUAAAUUGUGCCACGCCCGAGAUGUCGACCAGCUCGGGUAACAGCGAGAGCCCUUCUGCUGCAAAUGUCGCUGUGAAGACUGUAAAGGCGCCCCCAGAAUUGUCUUACGAGAAAUGCCCCCGUUGUAGAAUACAGUUUGAUUAUAUCAAACGGGUCGAUACUACCAAAGUGCCCCUGAUUCUUCCUUGCAAACACACUGUUUGUGAAGACUGCAUUAGGAGGCUGUGUGUGUUGAACAACACGGCGUGCCCCAUUUGCAAGGAAGCGUUUACAGCACCGAAGGGCAAAGUUGAUAAGUUCCAUGAGCUGUUUCCGCCACAUUUUGCCCUAAUUGGGCACUUGUUGUGGGAGAAGAAUCGCCCCCAUGGUAGGAAACAGUUCAAUUUUGUGUCAACUGGGGUCACCGGGGGGCAAAAACCACCCGACUUGUCUGAUUUUGAUUUUGAUGAUAUUCAAUCAGACACUGACGAAUCUCUAGCUGAGUUUACGUUUGAUAAGUGCAAGGAACACCCAACACAGUUAAUUAACAUUCAGUGUGAGCAGUGCGAGGAUUUAUAUUGUAGUUACUGUUUUCUUGAUUAUCAUAAUGGUCAUACUUCAAAAAGAUUGUGUAAACUGUCUCAGGAAGAAAUAGAGAAUUUAAACAAAUUCAAAUAUGAUAUGGAAGUGAUUUUGGGACAACUUUUGUCUUCGCGAAAGAAAGUGAAAGACUUGGAAAAACUCGACUCGAAAGAUCUCGAAUAUGAAAUACAAAAUUACUUUUACGGCUUACAUGCCAAGCUCCAUUUUGCCGAAUUCAGCCUGAAAAAAAGACUCCCCGAAAUGAAACCAGGCGUGGCGGAUUUACAUGUCGUAAACGAAACCCUUAAUGCUAGUAUUUCUCGAAUAACUCAAAUUUUGAAAUACUGCGAAUUGGUGGAUUCGAUGCAACUUAACGUUAAGGCACUUUACGAAGAAGUGCAAAAUGUUAGAAAUUUGCCUUGUAGACUUGUUUCGGAUCAGGGAGCGUUGCGUCCGAUCGAGUUUCAAGCGGAAAGUUUGUUUGACGAUAUUGAGGAAAGUGUCACUUUGAGGACAAUUAAUACCAUCGAGUACAGUUUACUGCCGAUUGAUGAUUGGAGCUGCGCUGAGGAAAAAUACAUGCUUGAAGCAAUAAGACGUAAAAGUGAAUCCACGAUCUCAGACGUUGAUACCAAGAAGGAAAGUGUUGAAGACAUACACUCGUCUAGUCAUUAUGCCGAGAGAGAAGUUUUGAAAAAACCCGAAAGGAAACCCACUCAAGCUGUGAUUCGUGUUGUUGUCACACACAUAAACGAUUUGAACAGCUUUUACAUACAGAAAUAUACGGCCCUCGAUUCUUUGCGGACAAUUAACAACAUUAUUGGAAAGAGGAUUUCGCAGAAAAUACCUGAGAACGAAUUCAGAAUUGGUGCUGUUUACGGCGUCUUAUAUGUCACUAAAAACGCGUCUCGUUGGCGCCGCGGUAGACUUUUGGAGAUUUACAACACUGGGACAGAACGUCUCUAUAAAGUUUAUUUUGUCGAUUAUGGAAAUACUCAAAAAGUGACCGCUGAUAAAUUCAAACAUUUGGAUGUCCGUACAAUGAAACGGCCUUCGUGGGCCCAAGAAUGCAAGUUGACAAAUCCCGAUAACACGGAGUUUGACGCGAACGCACAUUUGGAACUUUCAAAAAUCAUCGAUGAUAAAGAAUUGUACGUUCACUACGUCUCGGACAAACAAAACAGAGGGCCAGUGGAAGUCGACUUGUAUGUGUCCACUUCAAGUGGCGGUUUAGUCUCGGUCCGAGAUUUAUUAGCGAAAAAUGUUCACCCUGUGUACGAAAUCAAAAGUAACAUCCUCGCCAGUAAUUUGCAGUUUUUCGAAAACAGUAAACAGUUUAGUGUUGGACAAGAGGAAACUGUGGUUGUAACACAUGUCCGAGAUCCGUUUCAUAUUUGUGUCCAAUUGGUCGAAAAUUGUGUUUUUAUCGAGAGAUUGAAAAUGGAAAUGGAGAAGUUUUACAAGGACCAGCCCACAAUUUCGUGCAUUCCGUCAGAAGGCUCGAAUGUGGUAAUACGGCACGUUGAUAAAACUCACGGUAACUGGCACCGGGCCAAAAUCAUGGCCGUUGAUAUUGGUAAAAAAACAGUGGAGGUUUAUUUCGUCGAUUGGGGCAAAUACAUUGUUGUUCCCUGGUCCGAAAUUCGGCAAUUGGACGAAGAUUUUAUCAAAAUGGAGUGCCAGGGUAUUAUUGUGAAACUCGCCGACGUUGGGAAACUCGAAACCGCACCAACGUGGACUUCGGACGCGAUUAGUUUCCUUCGUAAAAAUAUCGCUGAAGACGAUCGGUUACGAAUGGUUGUGAGUAAAACCCAACCGCUGGAAGUGGUUUUGUUUCACCCUCGCCCGGCUGCUGAUAUUUGCGUAAACUCCCUUUUAGUCGAGGAAAACCAUGCCAUGUCAACCGGAAACUUGUCUAUGACAGUCUAUUGGCCGAACUCGCUGGAUGAGCAAUGCGAAGACGACGACUUCGCGUCCCAAAUGGUGAAGAAAGCUGAAGAUAUCCUCAUGGAAAACGAAGACGAUAUUCACUUAGUGUCCGGGUUGCGCGUCAAUGUGAAGGUGCUUCGCUGCGAGAGCCCCGACUUGAUCUACGUGAAGCUGCUAAAGCACAAGGAAGAAGACGAUGAGAUGCACAAGGAGCUGCAAAUUCAUUACGGCGGCUCUCGAAAAACCAAAAAUAAGUGGCGGAAGGACGAUUUGUGCGUUGUGUUUGACCCACUGCGUCAUACUUACUAUCGCGCAAUGAUUAGAUCCCCAACCAAAAAUGACGUUUUCACCGUGUGGUUGUACGACCACGCUAGGGAAUUAAAAGUUCCUAAAGCAAUGGUCUUCGUUCAAGAUUCGUAUUUCAAAAAGGCCCGGUGUUUCGUCUGGAAAUGCCGUCUAACGAACGUAAAACCGGCCGGAGAUCCCGGCAAAUGGUCAAAUAUGGCCAACGAAAUGUUGGAAAAGAUUUUCCACAAGUACAAGACAAUCUACGUUAAAAAAAUCGAGUCGAAUCGUGAGUUGAAGUUGGUGGGUGUGGCGAUGUGGUACUGCUUGACCACACCUGCCAUGGCUUUAGAACCGGCCAAAGUGCGCUACAUUUCGAUAAAUCAAGCGCUGAUUGAGAGCGGAGUCGCCUUUUCGGUGGGUUCUGGUAGAAACGUGGUCGAACAAAAGGAAGAGAUUGAGAGUGAGAGUAGUAGCGAGAGUGAGGUGGAGGUGGAGGUGAAGCAGAAGACGGAUUGGAACGAUAUUAUGUGUGAGGAGGAUGAGUUGAUGAUAACUGAGCAGAAAACGUGGCCUCCACUUCUCAAGCCCGACUGUGAGUGUUUCGAGGCGUUUUUGGUGUGUAUAGACAGUGAAGGGGCUUUGUCGGUGCGGGACGACAUGUUACAAAGCUCGUACUAUGAUUUGGAGGAGAAAAUUACAUCAAAGAUGAACAGCAUGGAACCUAGUCAGGGUGUUACGUGGGCUGUGGGCGAUAUGUGUUCAAUUCGUUGGGAGCAGAGGUGGUACAGAGGUACCAUUUUGGAAGUUGCCGGCAGUGACGAGUUCUGUGUCGAAAUGAUCGACUUUGGGAGCGAACACAAUGUCACUGGAGACAAACUCACGAAAUAUUUGCUGUGUCCCGACGUUCCCCCUUUACUCUACAAGAUAAAGUUGUACGAUGUUUGGUCUAACUUCGGUGACUGGACCCCUGAAGACCUCAACGUUUGGCUCUCGAUCGUUACUGAUAAUAUAAAGGUGGUUAUCAAAGACUGGAGCGGUGAUUUUCCAUUAGGGGAAAUCUACGUAGACAACGGUUUAAGUCUCAACGAUCUCAUAGUUCAGAGGUGCCCACAUGCGGUGAGGCACCAGAGCCAGGCGGUUUUGCAAAACCCCGAUUUUGAAGCUGAAGAAAGUGAGGAAAAGGAAGAGGAGGAUGAAGACACUUCCUUGAAAUACUUUUAUGUUCCGCUCAAAAGCACGACGAGUGAUAAAGUGAAAAUGUACGUCUUGAACGUAUUCAAGUUUAACAGUAAGCUGGAAGUUGUCCUCAGUAAAGAUAAGGUUGAGGACAAUUCCGAGCUUUUGAUGCUAAACGCGGACAUUGAAGAGGGAAUUGACGAUCAAGCGUUAAUGCAAGAGUUCAAAUUAAACAAACCUUGCGUUUGUUUAUGCCCGGAAAAGGACCAGUGGUUACGUGCCUUCGUUUACGGAGUUGAUGAGCUGCAUUCGGGCUACGUGAGAGUAUUUUUUGUCGAUUAUGGUGACAUUAAAAUGGUCCCAACAUCUAGCGUUAAAGAGACGCGGACAGAGUGGCUAAAUGUGCCCGUCAAGACUCGUAUAGCCGCUGUGAACAUCGAAAUUGCUCAGAAUUCACAAGCCGAUUUUGUCUUGCUUAGUCUGAAGAAUUUAUGCGGGAAAUUGAUUUCUGUUAAAAUUCUCGCAGAAAAUCCAUUACGCGUGCACUUGUAUGAGAAAAAGAAGUUGUGUUAUCAGAAUAUUCUUGAUAUUGGUUAUGCUAAAAUGUUAUAAGUUUUUUCAGAGACUGAAUUUGUGUUUAUGUUUUUGUAUUGAAUAAAAUUAAGUUUUGUAUUU